CGUUAUGAGCUUUAAACUUGAGAAACAGUAAGUGGACUUAUCUUCAGGUUUAAAAUGAUCAUUAUUGCUUAAUAUGAAUUCUUGCAAACAGUGAGAAGAGCUUAAAAGUGCGGUGGAUCAAAAUCCAAAAAGCUGCUGUGCUUGCAGAGUCUGUCGCCAUGACAACAAAGUAAAUAACAUCAGCUGGUGAAGACAGUGAGUUAUGCUUGAAAGUUGUACACAAAGCUAAUAAUGCUUGACCUUUUGGGGUUUUUUGUCAAAAUGCAAUUAUGUUGAAGUGCUAUCUUUAAAGCUUACCUAUAAAUGUUUUUUUUUCUAAACUUGUUCUCUGUCUUUUGUACUGAGUGCAAGAAUCCUACAAAGAGAACUCUGUGUUGUUGUGAUUUGAUAUUUGAUUCUGUCACUGUUUAGAAAGUGUUUGGGCAUUUGGGCUCAGCUGUUAAACUGGGAGCCUAAAAAUGGACCUGGAGCAAACUGUUGGAUACAUUCUGUCAAAAUACGAACAACUCGAGCAGGAAAUUGACGUGUUGAAGAAAGAGAGAGCUAGGAUGCAGAGCUUCAAUGGAGAUACUUGUGAGGAAUUACCAGUUUGCUCUACUUCAGGGAGAAAACCAUCCUGCCUGUGGCAGAACACCUGCGAAGAGAAAGAUUUUAGAAAGGACUUGCAGCUAACAAAGGUCAAACAUGAACACCGAACCUCAUCUCCCGUCAACUUCAAAUCUUUCCUACAAAGCUCGAUGCACACGGACAGAAGUGAGAUGUUAGAGUUUCAGAGCUGCCAGGCAGAUAUUUCUCUUAAUGUCAAAGAUUCAAACAGGCUGCUGGGAGAGAUAGCUUUUCAACUGGACAGGAGGAUUCUCUCUUAUAUCUUCCAGGGCCAUAGGAGGCAUUAUGGUUUCACACUGCUCAACAUACCAAACAAGAUCACAGAGGUCAGCACACACCCACUGACAGGGAAGUUAGAUGAGGGCUAUCGGCUUCAUCUCACUCAGAGGUAUGCUGACCUCAUGGAGAGGUUGAGUCAGCUCGGGUAUAAAACAGCACUUCACCCUGCUUUUACGGAAUUUGUUGUGAACACCUUUGGGAUCCUGAGAGAGAGGCCUGUUGAACACAGCAACCAGGGAAUGCACUUGAAUAAUCCAGACUUUUUGAAGAAGGUGUUAAUGACCACAGCACCUGGAAAACUUCAGAAGGACCUGCUGCUUGUGCUCACCUGCCUUUGCAACAUGGCCCAGAGAGAUGGAAGGCCUCUUCUUCUCUGGUAGAUGUGACCGUUUCGAAAAGGGAGAAAAAUAGAGCACGCUUCCAUGGUCCCCAAGCAGGAAAUAAAUACUGAUAGAUAAAGCUUAACACAUUUUGUAUGGCUGAAUUUUUAAACACAGACAAAGUUUUUAAACUCUAAAUAAAUACACAGAAUAUAUGCAUGAUACAUUAUAUGAUUUUCAAGGUUAAACUGACCAGCAAACCUUACAGGGGCAAUACGGACAUAUAGCAUUCUGUCGUCCUUUUUCUGAUUUCUUUGGGUAGUACAAUUCCCUAGCAGUGGAUUGCUAUUUCAACCAAUAUUCAAUAAUUGCCCAUAGGACAGUACAACCUUAAAUAUAAGAAUCCACAGCAUGGAUUAGUGAGCAACAAUUAAAAGGCAAGUGAGUAGGCCUACUUUCAUUUUUAAAAGAUAUUCAAUAUUUUAUUUGGGUGACUGUAAUUGGCCUUCCUGUUUUCUCUUCUCUUGUAUUUCUAUUUUAGCAAGCAAGUUAGAUUAUCAUCAAUAGGUCUGCCUACUCAUCGAUUUAUUCUGCAGUAGGCUUUCCUUAUUUUAUUAUUAUUUUAAUACAGCAUUUUGCCAAAACACGCAAUGACAGUAAUACAACGGGAAAUUAACUUGCUUUCCUUCCUACUACUUAGUUAGUAGGACAGAUCAUCAUCUUAC